AUGUUCCUCAAACAAGGGCUCAUCUUGUUCACUUUGUGCUCGUUUAUGGCAGAAGCUUGGCGUGGCAAGGGCAAUGGAAAAGGAAGAGGACCAAGGAAACCACACAAUUGGGGAAACAUGACCACCGAUCAAGUGGAUCAGUUCAAGAAAUCACUUGGUGGCCGAACGAAUGUCGACCGUUUUAUGGGAGCUCUUGAUCGUUUCAACGAGGACGGCGUCAAACUCGUCCAACCAAGCGACGAGGAGAAAGCCGACAUGUUGGAGAGGAUCAAGCACAUCAGAAAGCACAAGUGGUCGCCGAAAUCCCAAAAGGAGGGCGAUUCGUUGAGCGAGAUCAAUCAAAACGCGGGUGUAGCGAGCUCAUUGUACGGCGGAGAUAUGGCGCUUAUCGAUCCACAAGUUGAUGCCUUACUUGGAGACUUUGUCGAUGACGACGAUGAGUCGACCGGUGAAAGCCGAAAAAAGCGUCAAGCUUACUACACAACCUCAUAUCCAGCCAUGUUGUGGACUGAUAACACCGUCUACUACUAUUUCGAUUCGUCCCUCUCAGCCGCCGCGAUCACCGUGUCAAGAAUUGCGAUCGCUUUCUGGCAAAACUCGACCUGUAUCAAUUUUGUCGAGAAACAAGACGCUCCCAACCGAAUUCGUUUCUUCAUGGGUACCGGAUGCUAUUCGAAUAUCGGAAUGAUCAAAGGACAGCAAGAUUUAUCGCUUGGCACUGGUUGUGAACAUUUUUCUGUCGUCGCCCACGAGCUCGGUCAUGCCCUUGGCUUCUUCCACGAGCAAAGCCGACAUGAUCGUGACACAGCAGUCACCAUUGACACGACGAGUGUUGACGCGGCAAAGGUUUCCAACUAUCGAAAAGAAACGGUGGACAGCAAUAACAACUAUGGAAUGCCGUAUGAUUAUGGAAGUGUCAUGCAGUAUGAUCAGAAUGCUUUCUCGUCUAACGGUCAAGUUGCCAUGGUGGCAAAGGUCAUUCCCUACCAAGACACGAUGGGUGGCCCGACGGUCUCUUUCUACGAUAUCUCAAUGAUGAACGAGUACUAUCAGUGCAAAAAAAAAUGCACAACUGGAGCGACUUGUAUGAAUGGUGGAAUCAGAAACUCGCGAAACUGCAACACUUGCAUUUGCCCAUCUGGCUGGGCUGGGACCACGUGCACGGAAAGGCCAACCGGUUGCGGGGCCACGUUGACGGCGACGGCCACAGCGCAGACUCAGACGUUUACCCUCGGCACAAUGGGAGCCGCCAUGCAAAACGUGAUGGAAACUUGUAAUUACAUGAUUAAGGCGCCGAUUGGGAACAAAGUGGAAGUGGUGCUGAAGACGAUGACCGGAGUGAUCGCUUGCACUCCCGGAUGUCCAUUUAAGAGUAUCGAGUUCAAAGCGAUGAGCGACCAUCGAUACACUGGAGCUCGAGCUUGCUGUUCGGAUGACCAGGGAAUGACGGUGGUCUCUGAGGCCCAUCUCAUGCCUGUCAUCGGCUACGAGAGACUCCAAUCGACCACUUACACUUUCACGUAUCGUUACGUAUCCGCCUCAACACCGUCAACUGUGAAGGUCAGCCAGAUCGCCUCCACGGCGGCCACCUAUGAUGCCUCGGGGGAUCCGAUUGUCGUCGAGACGAAAACUACCGCUAAACCCGUCGUUCUUCUCACAACAACACGCUCGACUGCCCCAAACAAGACGGCCUGUGCCGAUUUGAAUGCAAACUGUGCCACUUGGGUGUCCAACGGAUUCUGCUCGUCAACUGGCUACACGCUCCAACAAAAGAAAGAUUAUUGCCCGGGCUCGUGCAAUCUUUGCACCACGACAAUCACCUCAACGAUCACCUGUACCGAUAAUACAAAUUGUGUGAAUUGGGUGCCAAACGGCUUUUGUACGUCUCUCGCCUACACUCAGGACAUGAAAAAGUCGUAUUGCCCAAACGCGUGCAAAAUGUGCAGU